UCAGAACGUAUCCUUUGUCAACCAGAACCAUAAAUCCAGACCUGAUCAACAUCAAUAUGGGUCGAGUAGCAAUCGUAACAGGUUCCGCCCGCGGUAUCGGCAAAGCCAUCGCCCUCCAACUCGCCACCGACGGCUACGACGUAGCGGUAAACGACAUCCAAGCGAACAAGGACAUCGCCGAAGAGACCGCCAAAGAAAUCCAAGCUCUCGGCCGCAAAUCCACCGUCGUCCUCGCCGAUGUCUCCAAACUUGCCGAAGUCGAGGAGAUGAUCCAGAAAGCCGUCAACGACCUCGGACCGCUGAACACCUUCAUUGCCAACGCAGGCAUCGCCCAAGUCAAAGGCCUGUUGGAGUUGACCGAAGAAGACUUCCAGCGCAUGUUCGCAGUCAACGUCUUCGGCGUUCAGAAUUCAUGUCAAGCGGCAGCGAAGCAGCUCAUCAAGCAGGGGAACUGCCGCGCUGAUGCACCCGGCAAGAUCGUGACGUGCGCUAGCAUCGUCGCCUUCAAGCCCUUCCCUCUCCUCUCCCACUACUCCGCCUCUAAAUGGGCCGUCCGCGGACUAACGCAGGCGUACGCGAUGGAACUCGCUGAUCACCACAUCACGGUCAAUGCCUACGCGCCAGGGAUUGUGGGAACAGCGAUGUGGGACCUCAUCGAUGAGAAACUGGGAGAGGCGACGGGUGCGAAGAGAGGAGAGACGAUUAAGAAGUAUACUCAUGACCUGAUUGCCCUGAAGAGGACGAGUACGCCCGAGGACGUAGCGAAGUUGGUCUCGUUCUUGGGCGAUCCGAAGUCGGAUUAUGUGACGGGUCAGACGCAGGUCGUGGAUGGUGGCAUUAUCUUUACCUGAGAGUUUGUGCAAGGCUGCGAGCCUGACCUGUUGGUUUUCCAGGAUGAGACGACUCUUCAUUGUACGAGGCAGAAUCACGACUGAAGUUCUGGAAGCAAGACACGUCCAAUUUUGUCUAUGUCACUGUAUAUCCUCAUCACGAAACGGCGACUUGAAGCAUGUC